CCCCCGCCCGCCGCCAUGGGCGCCGCGGCCCUGCGCGCCCUGCCCUGGGCGCUGCUGCUGCUGGGGCCGCUGCUGCCCGGGCAGGUCCUGCAGGCCAACCCCAUGCUCACCUCCGAGGGCCAGCCCGCGCCGCUGCCCGGCGGCGAAGUGCCCGGCUUCACCGCCGCGCCGCCCGCCGCCCCCGAGGAGAUCCACCCGCUCAAGGAGCAGCCGGCCAACGGCUCGGGAGAGGGGCACGCCAAGCACCGCAAAGCCUUCCCGGUCAUCGGCAUCGACUACACGCACGUCCGCAUCCCCUUCGAGAUCUCCCUCUGGAUCCUCCUGGCCUGCCUCAUGAAGCUGGCUGGAUCAAUACCAGCCGAAUUAGCCCAAACCUGUGACGUGAUGGAACCUGCUGUGCUGUCCCCAGCAGUGCAGAGGUUGAGCUGGCCCUGGUCCCAGCCAGGGGGACAGGAGAAAUGUUUGCCUUGGAGCAG